GUCCUCGAUCGAGCCGGCCGGCCACGCCAGCAAGUCGCGUUAUCAUGGCAGCAGCACUUGUGAGGAAGUUAGUUUUUGAAGUCCCGGUCCUACGCUGCCGUAGGUUGACGUCCAUAUCCCAAUGCCUUAUUAGUCGAACUGGUCUUAGGACCAUGGCAACCGGUGUGAAAGUGGACCUGAGCGGUGUCUUUCCACCAAUAGUCACCCCUUUUGACGAAAAAGAGAACGUAAACUAUGACGAACUGACGAACAAUCUCCAACGGUGGAACAGUAUGCCAUUGCGUGGCUAUGUGGUACAAGGGUCCAAUGGUGAAUAUGUUUUUCUUAACAAGGAGGAACGCGUUGAGAUGGUUCGAAGGGUUCGUCAGGCUACUCCGGCAGAUAAACUUAUUCUGGCUGGCUCUGGAUGUGAAUCUACAAGAGAUACAAUUGAGAUGAGUAAGAUGAUGGGGGAUGCCGGAGCAGAUGCAUUGCUGGUCGUUACUCCAUUCUACUUCAAAAGCAUGAUGACCUCAGAAGCACUUAUCAAUCACUUCACAAAGGUUGCUGAUAACUCUCCUGUCCCGGUGAUUCUGUACAGUGUACCAGCCAACACAGGCCUAGACCUACCGGUAGACGUUGCUGUUGCACUCUCCAAACAUCCAAAUAUCAUUGGAAUGAAGGAGAGUGGUGGAGAUGUCACCAAAAUUGGACUAAUUGUUCAUCAGACGAAGGAUAAUAACUUCCAAAUGCUGGCGGGAUCAGCAGGUUUUUUUCUACAGUCUUUAUCUGUGGGUGCUGUGGGUGGAGUAUGCGCCCUUGCCAAUGUGCUGGGUCGUGAGGUUUGCCAGGUACAAACAUUCUUCAGCGACGGCAAGAUGGAAGAAGCCAUGAAACUGCAACACAGACUGAUUGAGCCAAAUAGUGCUGUGACCAAACGAUUCGGUGUUCCUGGUCUGAAGACUGCCAUGGAGUGGUUUGGUUUCUACGGGGGACCAGUCCGCAACCCCUUGCUGCCCACCUCCGAGGCCCAUAAAGAGCAGCUACGAGAGGCGUUCACCAGGAACGGGUUCCUGUAAAGAUGAUGAUGAUGCUACCACAAGACUACAAAUCAGUCUGCCUAACCCUCACAUUACAGCACUGUACUCUAAGAUAAAAGAAGCAUUUGCCUUUCUGAUACUGAACAGUACUUCCACUACCAUAAUGUAAUCUUCAAUAGAAUACUUCUUGAAGGACAAAGCAACUUUGGCCUGUCUGAAAUAUUAGGGCCCAUUCAAAGCUGUGGCUGGCCAGUUGGCCCCUGAAAAUUUGGGGAAAAUGUUGUGGAUCUGCCCUCCCCCCUCCCCAUAAAAUACUCCCUUCUGCCCCCCCCCCCCCCUCUUCCUAUGACCAAAAACCUGGCUGUGCUACUGUAAGGAUUCCGUGGAUUUGCGUCAUCAGAUAAACCUCAUAAGCACAAGUUUGGUUUCUUUGCUCUGGCUAAUGGAUAUUCAGUGGUUCAAACAGCAAUUAAUGCUGUCAUUAAGCCUGCGUGUUAGGGAGAGAGAAACCCCUCCAUUUCCUUCUUAUUGAUGGGGAGAAGACACAUGAUCAUUAUCUUGCUGGAAUAUAUCCUCCUGCUCGGUGAUAACUAUUUUCGUUUCGAUUUGUGUACACGUGUCAUUUUGAACAUGUGCACAUUAGCUUAAGCAUGACAUAAAAAAAUGUAAAGGACCAGUUUGUUUGCUGCCACAAACUGUCUCGAAAGUCUCCCAUUGCCUGAUUUCCAGCUUUUUGCAAUUUGUAAAUAACAUAAUGGCACAUAAUAUUAUUUUUCCCACAAACGUGAGUGGAACAAAGAAUAAUGUAGUACAUCUUUGUCCCACAUUUUUCGGCCGCGUGGUAUGUGGGGCGCAAUACGCACUACAUUUUCCAUAUCCACGAGCGCGAGUGGGAUAAUGAAUUUAUCUUCAAGCAAACUUGACGCCCAGUACAGAUGAAACAUGCACGUUGUACUCCAACAUUUCAGCUGUUAUCCUGUUGACCUAUUGCUGUUUGCAAGUUAGCCACACCCCUUAGACAACCCUAUGGAAUAUUUGUACACUAAGUUUUGUUUGUCUCAGAUUUUGCGCGUUCCGCGUCCAUUUGUAUAUCAUGUAAAUGGACAAUAUUCCACAAGCUGCGAUUCUACCGCGAUAGGUUAAUUACACACCUGUGUGCAGCUGGAAUGGCGCGUACCUAUUAGAGUAGCAUAAUACGCAGAGUGCAGUAUGGAUCCUGCUAUGUGGGAUUAUGUAGUACUGGUUGUUGCCAUGGAUCGACCAAUCAGGAUUGAGGAUUUAAGUAAAUUACCUGAAUAUAAAUGUGUAUGUACUUUUCCUUUAUUCUGCAAUUUUUUUUCAGUAUUAAAAUAAACCAUAUAAGUUGAGAUAUCAUAAGAAAGUUGAGAAAUCUUUAACAGAAAAUGUUGAAAAGCACGAACGUUUUACCUCCGUCACAGCUUUUUUUUUUUAUUCACGCUGAAAUGAAAUUUCCUUGGGAGUUUUCUUUUCCGACUGUUUCUGUUUUGAAAGCAGCAGCUAGUUGAUGGUUCCUUCAGGCGAACUUAAGAAAAAAAUUGAAGGAUUCUUAAAAGUUACUAGUCUGAACACACUAAAAAUGGCAAGUCAUUGUGGACAGUCAUUUAAAGUCAAAUACUGGCCAGCACGUUGAUUGUCAGGCUGACCUAUGAUGCAGGGGUCAACCUAAUUUAAAUAUCUAAGCGCUUACCAAUAUGGAUGCAGGCCAGUAAAUAGGCCCAAUAUUGUCUACUCUGGCCAAAUCACGAUUUGCAUGCCCUCAAAUGUUCUGCUAUUAGUUCUGUUAGAGCAUUUUGUGGGCUAUGAACUUGAGGGUUUGUAAAAAAAAAAAAAAGUGGUUAUAAAGUAACAUUUAUCAGCUAGUUUAUUUUCAGUCUUAUCAUUGGUUGCUGUGUGGGUCCUUCUAUGGGUGCAUUCGAGUAGCUUAGACGUGUAAAACUUCCACACGAGAAUGUGCCCGUAGCCAUCAUUUGAUACUCGUAAAUACUCGUCGGCUGCCCCUGUGUCAACCACCACUGCUCCAGCUCGCGAGGUGGUCUGUGGUGGAUGCCCGGGUGUAAUGACGUAGCCGGACGAGUGGCGAGAUAGAAGGUGGUGGUAACUUGAACUGAAUACGAAGAGAUUAACGACUCAAAAUGUACAGAUUUAUGCCUCAACGUAAUAACAUUUACGUUUACGUGAUCACCAGCAGAUCUUGGAACUUUCCGGGGGGGAGGGGGGGGGGGUGUCGUCUGGUCGGGGUGUCAGAUUUUGUCCCAGACACCUGCCAUCCACAAAAUUUAAGGCGGGAGGGCUGGACAUUAUCUUUGUAGAUUUUGCUGACACAUCCAUUUUCUGACAAAAACCAAUAGGAAUGUCCCCGUGUGUUGACCGGAAAUAGUAGCGACGACAUGGCAAGUUGUAAACCCGGAGUACACAAUGUGGAAGCUACUCGAACGCACCCUAUUUGUUUUCUUUUCUUUUUGGUGUGUUUUGCUUGCGAUGGGUGUGUGUUUACGAAAUCUUAGUAAUGAUGUGAUCAUUUUAUGCCAGUAUCUCCAUUCAUACUGUUUGACAAGUUGUGUUAAGUUUUACUUUGAUACCCAAACUGAAUUUUUGGACAUUAAAUUAUGAUAUAUAUAAAUUGUGAUAUUGUACAAUUUUAAAGCAUAUUCUACAAUUUUAAAGCAAAAUUAUGUAUCGAUAUAAGAUGAGAGAUAUCAAAACAAUCUUUUUUAAUUACACUUCUGUAUACAAUAAACUGUGCGUUCACAAGGCGCAUUUGUAAAUCUA